CCUACAGUGGUGGAAUCGAACGUCCCCGAGCGCACACGGCGUAGAGGAGAGUACGGCGCACGAGUCUCUGGAAGGGAGAUAACGGUUUGUGUUUUUGCCCCCUCUCCACUCAAACAGCAAGAACAAACCAAACCUGAAUUUUUAGGGGGGUUUACAGAGUCUUUGCUCUCAAGGAGGAGGGAAGCGAGGGAUUGGAGCCGCAGGUUUUUUUUUCUUUUUCGUUUUUUUCUCAUUUUCCUAAAAGAGGAUUCUGUGUUUCGCGGUGGUUUGUUCUUCGCUCUCGCCGCAAAGAUGAUGGUCGGAGAGGUCGAAGUGAAGGAGCGACCGAGGCCGAGUCCCGACUAUUUGAUGCAGUUAUUAAACGAGAAGAAGCUUAUGACCAGUUUGCCAAAUCUCUGCGGCAUCUUCACACACCUGGAGAGGCUUCUCGAUGAAGAGAUCAACAGAGUGCGUAAAGACAUGUACAGUGACACAGUGAAUGGCCUUGUGGACAGACACCCGCUGGAGUUGCCUGAGCCUAUGGGACCCAUCGUCCACCUGCAGGAAAAACUGUUUGUGCCUGUCAAAGAGUACCCCGAUUAUAACUUUGUGGGGAGAAUCCUUGGCCCUCGGGGACUCACAGCCAAACAGUUGGAAGCAGAGACGGGAUGCAAAAUCAUGGUGCGAGGCAAGAGUUCUAUGAGAGACAAGAAGAAGGAGGAGCAGAACAGAGGGAAGCCAAACUGGGAACACCUAAAUGAAGACCUUCAUGUCCUAAUCACAGUGGAAGACACACAGGCCAGAGCUGAGAUCAAGAUGAGGAGAGCGGUGGAGGAGGUCAAGAAGCUCCUCGUACCUGCUGCGGAGGGAGAGGACAAUUUGAAGAAGAUGCAACUGAUGGAGCUAGCGAUUCUCAAUGGGACAUACAGAGACAACAACAUCAAAACACCCACCCUUGCGUUCUCUCUUGCAGCGGCGGCAGCAGCCGCUCAGGGCCCCCGCCUCAUAGCGGCCCCCACGGGUCAGGUGUUGCCUCCCCCGGCACUCCGGCCCCCAACACCAGCCGGGGCUCCCAUCAUGAACCUCAUCCGGCCCACUCAGAUGGCUGCCAUGCUGCCCAAUGGCACCCCCACCCUGGUGCCUCCCACACCGGAUGGCGGGCUUAUCUACACCACCCCUUACGAGUACCCUUACGCCCUGGCACCCACCUCCCUGCUGGAGUACCCCAUCGAGCACAGUGGGGUUCUAGGUAAGAGAGCCUGGGGAAGCAUGGGUGCGGCAGGUACAGCGGCCAACUUUAGCCAGCCUGGACAGGAGGGCAGCUUGUUUUACCCCGGAGCUGGGGUGCUGGACGCGGCUUCCAUGAGCCACAGUCAGGACUUGUUGAAAGGUGCAAUGGCUACUAAAGUGAGACGGCAUGACACGCGGGUCCAUCCUUACCAAAGGAUUGUGACCGCUGACAGAGCCGCCACCGGCAACUAACACAUGACCUUCUGACCUCUGAACUCUUCACCCAAUGACGAGCCGCCCCAAGCCUGCCUGCUGAUCAGUUAACUGGUAAUUGCCUUUUGCUAGCCUCUCGGACGCAAGUGAGAGAGAGAGAGGCGCCUGCCCGUACAGUUACCCUAACACUUUCUGACAAAAAAAAAAAAAUAGAAAUCAACGCAGAAUCUUCACAGAAACACAACAAAACCCAACAAAAGUUGUGUAAUAUUCAUUUUUUCCCUCUGUUCAUUGAGUUCAAUUCCCAUUCUUUCUCUUUCUUUUUCUUCAUGAAUCAUAUACUGGGUGGAUGUGUUUGUGGUAUUACUCAUAAAUCUGCACUGAAUUAUAUAGCAAUAAAGACCCCACCCCACCCUGCCCACCCACUCUCCUUUAAUUGCUCUGAUUUGGUGACCUCAUGAAUCAAACUUCAAUAUCUAUUUGACGCAAACCAUUUGGUUUCAGAGUAAUGACAUAACCCCCCACCCCACCCCCAAAUGUUCACCCCUCCCCCUCCAAAAAACAAAAAACAAAACAAUAAUAAUAAUAUUAAGAGCCCCUACCUGCUCCCACCCUGUUCUAACACCCAUCUAUUGGGAGAGAAAAAGAAAUAGAAGGAAAGAGAACAUACACUCACAUUAACUUGUUUAAUUUCUGUCAUUUUUCACAUGUAGUGCAGUUUGUUGAGCUCUGAGAUGUAAUUAUGAGCUGACACAUUCUGGGUGUGCCCCUCCAAACAGCUUUCUGUUCUGUUUUUAAAAAAGCAUGGCUGAAAUGAUUGCAAAAGGAGCUUUUUAUGAUUUAUGUGUUUUUUCUUCUGUCUUGUUUAUUUUUAUUUUUAUUUUGCUUUUGAGUCAUUUUCUCCACUUGGUUUUGGUUUCUCUGUUGUUCAUAUUUGACUAAUUAGCUUUGCUUUAAAUUGAUGAGCCGAUAUGAGGCAGGUGGUCAUCUCUGGGAAACAAAAACACAAUCUGAUGUUUGAAGCAGGCUGCAGAAAACUAAGACAUGAUGAAGGGCAAAAUGGGAAGGUCAAAAUUGGGCUGAUGGGUCUGUGUGUGUGUUUUUUUUUAAUUAAUACUACAAUGAAAGUAGGGUGUGCUGAGGCUUCGGGGACAUUGGAGCAGUGCUUAUUAGCUACUGACCAUUGCUACGCCCCCAUCCACACUACAUCCAUUUUACAGUGCCUGAUGUAUUUAGAAAAAUAUCUCAAUGAGUUGUUAGCUGAGCUGUGAUCAAAAAGACAAAAAAAAGUAUUAAGUGUGCAUAUUUAGCCAAAGGGUUUUCCAAUGAAUUAUAUAUCUGCAAUUAUGCAUCUGUCUCACAGAGGGCUCUCUUUGUGAUUUUAGAGUUUGGGGUGUGAAUUUGUGGUGCCUGCCUUCAGCUGGAACAGACAGCCGGUCAGUUAAUAGAUGAUUUUUGACCCAUUAAUGCUCUAUUUUUUUUUUUUCUAAGGAGGUGAAUGCAGGCAAUUAACACUAAAUCAACAUACUACUCAAUUACAGUACAUUGCUAGGGGGAAGGGCACUUAGAAGUUUGGUACAUAAACGCUUUUGUCAUGAUACCAAGCUUCUAUAUUGAGUUGUUUCAUCAGCCACAUUGCCAAACCGGUGUUUUUAUUUUCCUUUUUUUGCAUCUCAACAUUUAGCCAAUUUUUUUUUUUUUUUGUUCAGUGUAUUUUUUUAUUUUUAUUUUUGACCCCAGUUUUCCCAUUAGGUGGGCAUAAUCUGAGCCUUCCUUCAGUUUUAGAAAAAAUAUUUUAUUUUCAUGAUGAAACAUUUAUUUUCAACACACGCCAAACCAUCCACAAAGCGCAUCCACAAUGUGUCACACCUCCCUGUGAUCGUAGUCUAGCUCCUGAGCCCCACAAUAUUUUGUUUAACUCUCUCAAGAAAAAAUAGGAUGUGAAAGCCAUGCCUGCCUGUUCAAAUUGCUUUAUACAUACGUCUUAUAUAUAUAUAAAUAUAUAUAUAAAUAUAUAAAAAAUGUAGAUAUCUGUCAUUGCAUAUACAAAUACAGAAGAGAACAAAAAAUAGAUAAUUUUACAGGGUGCUGGAGAAGAGAAAAAAAUUGAAAAAUCUAUUUUUGGCAAUUUUAGCUUUUGAUACUUUACUUGCAGUUACAAAAUCUGAAAAAAAAAAGAAAUAAAAAAAACGUAUAGUGGGGGAAAACAGUAAAACUGAGUGGGUGAGGAGAUUAAAAAGUGCUGUUACCUUGGAUAUGAUUGGAAAGGAAGAUGAAGACCAAAACAGUCAUAACCCUUUGGAAAGUUAGCAAGGAUCAGAGCGAGACAAAACGCCCGGAGGAGAGUUUUAAAAAGGAUCAAAUCAAAGUGCCUUAAUCAACAGUGGUUUCUGUUUUCUGAGUAUUCCAGUUGUGUUCAAUAAUAUCCAGCACCCACCAAGUGGCGCAGAGAGGAAUGGCUAGUGUUACACGCUCUGAAUAGUUGAGCAGGGUAGCUCCCGCCGAAUCGUGGUGUUACCGAAGUUAUUCUAUGCAAAAAGAAUAGCAGUCGUUUUGACCAGCUAAAAUAUGUGCCAUGGUUUUGUCUUCCUGAAAUUAUUUUCUUUUUUUUUCUUUUUCCUUUAUCUGAUGGCCCUUUACUCUGCUGUAUGCGCAGAUUUUGUUCUCUUUUUAUUUAGAUUUUAAUGAUCACAUGAAAUAUUGUCUUGAUUUUUGGUGACUGUGACUACCUUCCUCGAACAAAAGUGAACUGCCAAUAGCAAUGCAGUAGUCUGCCAGAGCAUGUUUUGAUCAUGAGCUGAGAAAAAUGCAUAACGUACAAGGGGAAUGGAUAGGAAAAGUGUGUGUGUUUGGUGGGUGGGGGGUGGGGGAGGGUCAUCCCUUGUUGGCAUUACGCCCUGCUUGUUUCAAUAGCUGCAAACUGAAAGCAUCCAGUCCGUGUCAGUGUCUCUCGAUGUCAAUUUAACAACAAAAUCUAUCAAUACAAUCAUGAGAUUCAUCAUGGACAAAUGAAAUGCUGGUUAAUGAAACAACCAAGUCCAUUUCACAGCCAAAUAGUUUUCAGUUAUUGAAACAACUUGACAGUUUAUCGCUGGAAGGUGAAAUAAACUCAUAAUAUUAAAUCGAGGAAUUGUUAGAUCCCAAUAUUACCCUUGGCAGUUUGUUUUUCUAUUCAUAGCUCUUUCAUCAUGCUGUUACACCGAAAGGUCAAUGAAUUUUUCUUUUUCAGUGUUAUUAUUUUAAAUUGAAAUGCAAUAUUAAAGUGGAGCAAGAGAUGGCUAUUCAGCAUUUGACAGUAUUAAGAAAAAAAAAAUUCCCUCUGCAAUGUUACAACUUGCUGUGUCAUUGUGAAAGGCUGGAUAAGUCCAUCAGGUGAAAGGUUAACUCUAUACCUACCGUAUUCUCUCUGGCCUGCCUACUACAUGUAUGAUAAUGUAAUUAACAGCCAUUGUUACAGGUUUAUAAUGUAUUUUUCUAAUCUCAUUUUAUAUGUAUAUUAAUCAUGUUUCUGAGUGCUUUUUUCUUUUUUUUUUUUAAUGAAACCCACUGCUACUUUUUUCCCCCUCCUAAACGGCCCUCUCUUCCUCCCCCCCUUUUCUCUUUUACAUCUUGAAAACUGUCUCUUGUGGGGAGUGUUGCCUUUUUCCUGUUAUAUUUUGUUUUGUUUUCUUGCCAAUUCCCAGCUUGUUUAACUCAUUAGCUACUUUAUUAGUUUUCUUGUCAUAAGUAUUUUUACAUGCUUGCAUUUAGUUUUCAUGGUGUAUGCUGUUAUUUUUCUUAUUAACCUCUUGGCAUUUAUUUUAAUAAAACAUUCUUAGUAAGAAUUUUA